UUCAUUCCGUUCUUUCGCUUAGUAUUGACCGCACGUCGCACGGGAUAGGCAGUUCUCUGUUGUUGCACGGGCCGCAAACGUCGCGUGUUUUUUCUAUUAUUAUACGCACUUCCUCAAAGAAAUAUCUAUUGGAAAUGUAUUCCAUUGCCGAGGUCACACUUGCUUUCGUCGUGUUAUACGUUUUUUCAUUUUUCUUUGAAGUUGUUUCGGGAAUUGUGUCAUAAUGUAGUGCCGGUGAUAAUAGUUUUAAGUAUGUAAGCUAGGCUUAAGUUAAUUAGUCAAUAAUCAAUGCAAUACGUAGGAUAUAUAUACUUAACGCGUUUUUUGAAUCUUUUAAUUUAAGCAUUUUAAAUAUUUCGACGUAAAAUACAACUUUCACCUUGCGCUGAAUGUCCCGUUGAUUGCUUUAUUAAGUCUAUAUCAGCUAAUAACCUCAACUCAGUUGUGCUGUUCUGGAAUUCAUAACAUAUUAUGAACAAUAUGAAUUUCCGAGUGUUCAGUAAAACAGGCUUAAAAAGACACUAUUCAUCACAUGCAGCGAAGAACUUCCAAAGUGUAGUAGGUUUAGAAAUUCAUGCCCAACUAAAUACAAAAACAAAGCUAUUUUCUGGUGCACAAAAUAGUUUCGGUAGCUUAGUAAAUAACUGUGUAUCCCUAUUUGAUGCUUCAAUACCAGGAACAUUACCCGUCUUAAAUAGGAAAUGCGUCGAGCUUGGUGUCUUGACUGCACUAGCAUUUUCUUGUAAAGUAAAUGAAAUAUCAAAUUUUGACAGGAAACAUUAUUUUUAUGCUGAUUUACCAGCAGGAUAUCAGAUAACACAACAAAGAGCACCUUUAGCUAAAGAUGGCGAACUAAAAUUUCAGGUCUUUACACCAGGAAUUCACAAGAAACCAUACAACAAGAUAUCAAAGAUCAAACAAAUUCAAUUGGAACAGGACAGUGGCAAAUCUCUUCAUGAUGCUGAAUUAAAAAGGAGUUUAGUUGAUCUUAACAGAGCUGGUGCACCACUCAUUGAAAUUGUGUUCGAACCUGAUCUAGAGGAUGGUGAAGAGGCUGCGGCGUUGGUGAAGGAAUUGGUAUUGAUUGUCCAGCGUCUGGGAGCUUGCUCCGGUCGUAUGGAGGAAGGAGCUUUACGAGUUGACGCUAAUGUAUCACUGAGACGCUUUGGGGAACCACUUUCAACACGGACUGAGAUCAAGAACAUUGGAUCCAUUCGCGGUGUUGCAAAUGCAGUACGCCAUGAAAUAGACCGACAGCGCAGUGUUCUACAAAAUGGUGGCAAGAUUAUAAACGAAACAAGAUCUUGGGAUGCAAUUGCGAAAGUCACAGUACCAAUGCGCGACAAAGAAGUUGUACAAGACUACAGAUAUAUGCCUGAACCGAAUCUACCACCGUUACGACUCAAUCUAACAACUAAAGAAGAUAAUAAGGAUGUCUUAAGUGUGCCACUCAUAAGGGAUCAACUUCCUGUAUUGCCGGAAGAAUCUAGAACAAAUCUCAUAAAGGAUUUCAAACUCCAACCUGUGAUAGCAAUUCAACUCGUCAAUGAACCGACAUUAUUAAAUCUCUUUUAUACUCUCACAUCAGACCAACAUAGAAAUGCAACAAAAAUUGCGAAUUUUUUGAUCAAUGAUCUCUUAACUGUACUCAAUAAGCGAAAAAUGUAUGUUGAGGACUGCUCAAUAUCAGUUGAGAACUUGUCUCAAUCACUUGAUUUAUACUUGUCUGGCAAAAUAAAUUUGGAUGUAUGCCGUUAUGUUUUAAACGAACUCUUAAAUGAUUCCUCUUUGGUUCCAUUUGAAAUUGUUAAAGACAAAGGUUUGCUUUUGAUGACAGAUGAAAAGGUUAUUGAAGACAAGUGUAUGAAAGUGAUUGAGGAUAAUCCAAAAUUAGUGAAACAAUACAAAGAUGGUAAGGUGAAGGUUUUUAAAGCUUUAUUAGGUAUAUUGAUUAAAUCAUCUAAUGAUAAGCUAGAUAUGUCAUUAGCUUCGAGGAAGAUGGAGGAAUUGUUAAAGAAAUAAAUUAUUUCAAAUUA